GAACAUUUGUAUCUGCUUUCACCGUGCUGUGCGGAGCCCGGACCGACCUCCCCGACAGGCACAUGUGUUGUGUCUUCUGGCUGAACAUUGCCGCGGCUCUCAUUCAGAUCCUGACAGCGAUUGUGAUGGUUGGCUGGAUUAUGAGCAUAUUUUGGGGGAUGGACAUGGUCAUUCUUGCAAUCUCACAAGGCUACAAGGAACAGGGGAUCCCACAGCAGCUGUAGUGGCUGGGACGAGUAUGUUCAGAGAAACACGGCGAGACAUUUCCUUUGGCAGCUGUGGGCCACGGACCUUUUCAUCACUUUUUGUCUUUCUUCUUCUUCCUUUUGU